AUGUCUGCCCCCCACCCCCUCGAUCCCGCCAGCCCUCAAGAGCUCACCGCCGCCAUCGACCUCAUCAAGGCGCUCUACGAUGUUCCCAUCCACUUCAAGGUCGCAGGUCUUGAGGAGCCUCCCAAGGAGGUCAUGAAGAAGUACCUUACUGCCGAGCGCGCCGGUACUCCUAUCGCCCCUCCCAACAGAUUGAUCUUCAUGAUGUACUACAUCAAGAACACUCCCCGACUGUUUGAGGCCACCAUCGAUGUCACUGACGGGAAAAUCGAUCACAACAAGGAGAUGUCCCGCGACCACUACGCCCCUGUCGACCGUGUGGAGCACAACGAGGCUGCUGAAGUCGCUCUCAACGACCCCCUUGUCAAGAAGGAGCUCGAGCGUUGCCAGAUUGGCGACAGCGUAGUUGUCUGUGACCCUUGGGACUAUGGAAAGGACGAAUUCGAUUCGAACAGGCGUCUCAGCCAGAUCUUCUUCUACACUAGAAACCCCAAGAACAAUGACCCCGACUCCAACCACUAUGCUUUCCCUCUCGACUUUAUGGCCAUCAUCGACCUUGUGCAGAUGAAGAUCGUCAAGAUUUGUCACAUCCCUAUCGGCGCUGAACCCAUCGCUACUCCUCACAAUGGUCCCAGAAUCCUUGGUGAGCCCAUCGAGCCCGAGUACGACCACCGCCUCCAGAGCAAGCCAGCCAGGACCACCAUGAAGCCUUUGCAGGUUGUCCAGCCCGAGGGAGCCAGCUUCAAGCUCACUGGUAGACUCAUCGAGUGGGAGAAGUGGAGGUUCAGGGUGGGAUUCAACUGGCGAGAGGGUAUGAUCCUCUACGACGUCACUUUGGAUGGCCGACCAGUCUUUUUCCGACUCUCCCUUUCCGAGAUGUUUGUCCCCUACGGUGACCCCCGAGACCCUCUCCACCGAAAGGGCGCCUUCGACCUCGGAAACGUCGGCGCCGGAGCCACUGCCAACGACCUUUCCUUGGGCUGUGACUGCUUGGGUACCAUCGCUUACCUCGACGGUCACAUCAUUCACGCCAGGGGCGAAGUCGUGCCGAAGAACAACUGUGUCUGCAUUCACGAGAUCGACUCUGGUAUCCAGUGGAAGCACACGAACCACCGGACUGGUAAGGCAUCUGUUGUGAGAAAGAGGCAGCUCCAGCUUCAGACAAUCUUGACUGUCGCCAACUACGAGUACAUCUUCUACUGGACCUUUGACCAAUCUGGAGAGAUCGAAUUUGAGACCCGUGCCACCGGUAUCCUCUCCACCACUCCCAUCGACCCCAAGUGCACCGACAAGGUCAACUUUGCCACCCGUGUCGGCGACGGUGUCCUUGCCCCGUACCACCAGCACAUCUUCAACCUUCGUAUCGACCCCUCCAUCGACGGCUACUCCAACACCGUCUCCUACGUCGACUCUCUGCCGAUGCCUGAAGACAAGAACCUGAACCCCUUUGGGACUGGGUACUACACUGAAGAGACCAAGAUCACGAAGUCUGGUACCCUCAAGACUGACCCCUUCAAGGCAAGGAUCAUCAAGAUCAGUAACCCUGACAAGAUCAACCCUGUCUCUUUGACACCUAUUGCCUACAAGCUUGUUCCUAUCAGCUCGCAGGGUCUUUUGGCUGCGAAGGGCUCUUGGCACGACAAGCGAUCGCACUUUGGCGAUGCCCCCAUCUGGGUCACCAAGUACAAGGACCGCGAGCUCUACCCCUCGGGUGACUACACCUGCCAGUCUGAUGGUACUGAGGGUAUUCGUGAAUGGGUCGCCCGCGAAGAUGCUGUGGAGAACCACGAUGUCGUUCUGUGGCACACUUAUACCUUUACGCACAACCCUAGGCCUGAGGAUUUCCCUAUCAUGCCCGCCGAGAGUGUCAAGAUCAUGUUGAAGCCUUCUGGGUUCUUCAACUACAACCCUUCGCUGGACGUUCCCCUAUCCACCCAGGCUAUCAACCAGAGUGUCAAAUACGACCCCACUCUUCAAGUCGGCGCGGACGGGGCUGUCAAUGGUGACACGGUCAAGGUGAACGGCGGCAGCUGCUGCACCAAGUAA